UUCUCCUUCUUCUCCUUCCCCUCAAUUCAAUUCAAUUCCCGUACAUUCAACAAAUGCAACGUUUGACAACGAAUCCGCUUCCUUCAAUCUGUACCGCCUCUUAUCAACCCCGAUCGCUACAUCGACUGUAGCUUCCCGUUUGAGACACCUCCGUCGCCGUCCCCGUCGCCGCACCCCCAGACUGACUGACUAACGACUCGACACGACACACAUAUCUAUCCACUUCCUCCAUAAAACUUCCCUUUUCCCCACACAAGGCAGAUCGACCACCUCUUACUGUUGUUGAUCACCCUAUAUCAUUACACCAUACGUGCGCACUCUACGGGUCAAGAUCUGCUCAUCCUCCGCGCUGGUACGGUAAAGAGUCGGUGUUGUCAAGCUACCCGUGGCCCCUGCGAUGGCCGAACAACAACCCGUACGUCCUGCAAGCAGGAGUAGCUCUCCUGACCGAGGGGAAACUUUUGAAGAUGCCACUACCGGCAUAACCCCACGUCCGAACUCACAAUCUGGCUCCCGAUCCCGAUCCCUCCUAAGUCGACGAACGUCCUCUUCUUCCACCAUGACGAAGGACACAGCUCCUGAUUCGCCGAUCCCAGAUAUGCCAGAAAAUGCUGCAGCUGCUCUAGCGGCGGAGAAGGAUAAAGGGAAGGGAAUCGAGAGUCUCGACGGCGCUGAAGACCAGCCUGCACCCGAGAAAUCGCCCUUGCUCACGGCACAUAGAAUAUCAGUCACCUCGGACAUGGACGAUGUGUCACUAGAAGAAGAAGACAACAAAAGUCCAGGACUACUCCCCAAGCUACCUCCUCGCGAAAACUCCACCAGCGGUUCAGGCCUCCAGGGCCUCUCGGGCAAAAUGUCCCCCGUCAAAUUCCCACCGCCACCACCCCCUCCGGCCGCUCAAGAGAAACACACCUCACUGCCCCCACCGCCUGCACCGACGAGAAAGCUGACGAGCCCAUUCUCAUGGUUAUCCCGCAACAGCUCAAGCAAGAAACCCGAAUCCCCGCCCCUAGCUACAACUACCAGAAGAAAUACCAAUGCAUCUAUCGCGACAGUUGGGAGCAACCCGGAGCUCAUGCUCAGCAAGAUUGAUGACGAAGGUGACCAAUCAUCGAACAACCGCUCGAGCCAGACCAGUCUCCGUGAUAGGUUUAAGCUCCUCCGAAUGAGGGAAGAGGCUGGAAUCACUUUAAAUGAGGAAGGUGCUGCUGAGGUAGGCCAGCCAGGUGGAGCUCUUGCGGGCCUCUUGGGCAGAACUACAAGUAUUGGGCUUGGUGUUGGGAGCCCGGGUGGCAUCCUCGAUGAUAAAGAUGAGCAUGGGCAUGGAACUGCCUCUGGCCCUACAAGCCCUCGCCCCGGAUCCCUCGGGAAACAAUCCACGAUCAAUCCGAGCUUAGCACCCGGGACAGCAUCGGGAAUUGCUGUCGGACCAGCAGAGGAUGCUGAACCAGUUGAUUGGGAUCUUUGGCAGUCAGUCGUCAACGAGGGGCCCGCUGCAGUCGCUCGCACGAGCUCAGAAGAGUUGAACAGGGCCAUCGCUAGUGGCAUUCCCCAGGCUAUCCGCGGUGUGAUCUGGCAGGUCCUGGCUCAGAGUAAGAGUGAGGAGCUGGAACAGACGUAUAAGGAGCUGGUGGUUCGUGGUACCGAUAAAGAGCACACAAUUGCACGCAGUCCGCUCUUACCCAACGGACAGUCAAACAGUAAUGGGAAAGAGAAGGACUCAAUUGCUUCAUCGUCUUCUUCUGUUCAUUCGGAUUAUUCUACGCCAGCAACUACCAACGGAAGCAACGCACCUUUGGCUUCACCGUCAAUCACAACGGACAGCACCGAGGAUUUGGUAAAGUUGCAAGCUAAGCCCACGGAGCAGAAGAAGACCACCAAAGAUGACGCUGCCGCCAUCCAGAAGUUGGAAAAGGUGAUCAAACGCGAUUUGGGUGCUCGGACAAGCUACUCUAAGUAUCUCAUGGCGGCUGGCCUCCAAGACGGCCUCUUCGGUAUCUGCAAAGCGUACGCACUAUACGACGAGUCGGUGGGAUAUGCACAAGGCAUGAACUUCAUCGCCAUGCCUCUCUUGUUCAAUAUGCCAGAGGAGGAGGCGUUUUCGCUGUUUGUGACUUUGAUGAACAAGUACCAUCUCAGAGAUCUGUUUAUUCAGGACAUGCCGGGCCUCCAUCUCCAUCUAUACCAGUUCGAGCGCCUUUUGGAAGAUUUUGAGCCUGCGCUGUAUUGCCACCUUCGCCGAAGAGAAGUGAAGCCGCAGCUCUAUGCAACACAGUGGUUCCUGACCUUGUUCGCUUAUCGAUUCCCCCUCCAAUUGGUUCUUCGCAUCUACGAUCUUAUCUUGAGCGAGGGUUUGGAGGGAGCCAUUCUCAAAUUCGGGCUUGUUCUCAUGCAGAAGAAUGCGGAAACAUUGCUCGGUAUGAAAGAUAUGGCUACUCUUACGACUUUCCUAAAGGAACGUCUCUUCGACGUCUAUAUUGACAAGGCUCCUUCCGCGUCUUCCAUUCUGGAAAGUGGCUUUUUCGGAUCUGCGGGUGGGGUUGACAAAGAGGUUUACCGUGCCGAUAUGCUUGUCAGGGAUGCUGUAUCUGUCAAAAUCACUUCAGAUAUGCUCAAGCAAUACACUGCUGAGUGGAAAGAGCAACAGCGAGCCGAGAAAGAACGCGAGACUGAGCUUCACGGCCUCAAAGAAAAGACUGCAACCUUGGAGGUUAAGGUCCGGCAACUUGAACGCCGGGCUGAACAGUCCGACACCGAGCAUGUACAGGUUGCCUCUGAACUUGUCAAGACCAAGGUCGAAAAUGAGAACCUUGCCGACGAGAAUGAAACUCUCAAGACGAAGGUUGAGGAGUUGCAAAAGAUUGUGGACACGCAACCUGCAGAGGUCGAAGCCAAAAUGAAGCAAGACAUUGACAGCAUAAUGGAAAAGAAUCUCGUGGUCCAUAACGAGAACAGGGCUCUAGAGGAACAGCUAGCUGAGAUGGAGAAGGAAUUAGUCGCAACGAAGAUGCAAUGGGCAACGAUCAACGAGGAAUACGAAACCCUCAAGCAAAAGUGGAAUAACAUUACCCAGAUGAUGAACAGAUAGGGCGGUUGACUCUAUCAGUGGGCUCAACACCAAAUCUGCUACAGUUCUGGUCUGAUUGCUUGCGUGGCAGGCUUGCAUUCUCACUCCGCAGAAGAUAAAGGUUUCACUGAAAUUUUAUCUACGACCGUAUCCUAACUUCUCUCGCGUCGACCGCGCCCUU